AUGCAAAGUUCUAGUCCCAUCUUCCAGACUCCCUCUACUCCUGGACGUUCAUCUUAUUACUCUGCAAGGAGUCACCAACCGCUUGCUUCGUCACCCCUGGCUUCUCCAAAAUCAUCGCCGGUAGCUGCCGCACAAGCAAGACGACAAGCCCAAUAUAAAGCUCGCGUAACCAGUUCAUCCAGAAGUGCGGCCACUAAGCUCCCAUGCACGCUUUCUGGUAGCCAGACUCCAGAAAACCCUCAAAAAACAUUUUUACGUGAUCGUUUUAAAGCGCGAUGUCUAGAGCGCGCCCAGAAACAACGACAUGAUAAAGUUGAAAAACAAAGGACGAGUAGCAGCAGUGACGUGUUUUUUGAUUCUGAGAUGGACUGCGAUGAGGAUGAAGACGAUGAAUUUGUUAUGCAAGACGAGCUCUUUCGGAGAAUCAUUGCCAAUACUGCGCAAAAGCAAAAGCAUUCCUAUCGACUUUCUUAUUCUUACGAUGUGGGAUCUUCGCUCGACCCAGACAUGGAGGAUGUAAACCGGUGGGAAAGUGAAUUGCAACAAAUGCCCCCUGACAGUUAUAGUGUGACGCCGGAGGAUCUAGAGCAAGAGGAAAUCGAGGCUUAUGCCGCGGAAUAUGCAAGUUUGCAAGAAUUGUCGGAUUUGGGCGUUAGCAUCGAUGACUUUUCUGCGUGGAGUGAUAUAGAUGAUACUCCACCGUCAUCGCAAAUGACGGACAAGGCAGGACGACCGUCAGAGGAUCUGGAUAUGGAUGUGUCCUAA